AUGGGAAGCUCGUUACACCUUGACGUUGAUGAGGACAGAAUGUCUAGAAAAGUGGUUAAACAUAAGAGACUUGAUGAUGGCCUGGAGGCUCCUCGAAACAGUUUGGAGAUACCUUUAAAGACUACCUACAUCUUGUCUGCUGGGAGAGAGAGUAUUCCGUAUGCUUAUCACAAGAAAAAGGAAUCCGAGAACUGCUAUUCCACUGAGGCUCCAACGAAGAAGUUAAUCAGUGAAGAGAUUUCUAAAAGGAAAAACGCCAGACAAAAUGCACCAAGCAUAGUGGCUCGUCUAAUGGGCAUUGAUAUGUUACCAUUUAAUUCAAAACCAGCAUCAAAGGUUGUGGACAUAAAGAAUGAGACUCCAGAAAGCAACUUCUUGAAAAAGCAAUGGUCAGGAAAGGCCUCAGUUGGUCGUGUCCCCUUUACCUCAAAUUCCUCUCUGGACAUAGACUUUUGUUGCUUUGAUGAUAGUAUAAACAGAGAUCCUGAUCAACUCAGUCGCAUGAGGUCGAACAGGCGUAAAACCCUAGAACAUCCUCAAGAGGAGGAACUACAGAAGUUCAAGAAAGAAUUUGAAGCAUGGCAAGCUGCACGGUUGAAGGAAUGUUCAAAGAUUGUAGAAAUAGGCAGUUCUCCAAGCCAGUUGAUUGCACAAGAGAACCUCAACAGAGAAAAAAUGGUUCUUUAUGCAAAUUCUAAUAGAGCCCUGGAUAGUGAGAGACAGAUGGAACCAGAGGAUCUUGCUGUAAUACCAAGUUCGCAUGAUAAAGGUACUUUAAAAAGUUGCAAAAAUGAGAGUGAAUAUUUUGCAGCUGAGCAGAAGGGGUCUCCAUAUUCAAGAAUAAUGUCAAGAACAGAUUUUAAGGCAUCUCCUCUUGUGAAUUCUUGUCAGAAAAUUGAUAUUGUUUCUGCCCCCACCAAAAUUGUGAAUUUGAGGCCUGGUUUAGGUCUGGACAGGACGUGCAGUGGCAAAGAUUCAUGGAACAGUACUCCCUGCACAUCAGGAGAGAGAGGGAGUAUAAACGAUUUGCUUGAGGAGGUGAAGGAAAGGCUGAAGUCUGAGCUUCAAGGUAAAAGCCCUAAAAGGAACACAACAGUUAGGGGAGGAGGCAUUGAGACUCCUUAUCGGGAAAAACCAUCAGAACCAAAACAAAUAACUCAACGUAUAGCACAACAGGUCAGAGAAAGUGUCACGACGGACAUUGGAAUGAAUUUACUUCGUUCAGAAUCUACAAGAUCUUAUAGAAGUGAAAUUCAGUUAAAUGGAACUGGUUCUCCUGAGUUCAUAAACCGGGAUACAAGGAGAUUCUUGGCAGAGAGGUUGAGAAAUGUUCCAAUGGUUUCCCAUAAUAGGUCAAGAUCAUCAACAUCAGAUUAUGAAAAGCGCAGAGCUGAACAUUCAAGAGAUAUCUGGAGUGGAAAUAGAAUGAACUAUCACUCUGGUGUUAAGAAUGAGCCUGAAAAGCAAAGUAGGUCUUUUAGACAGGAGCCCGAUGAUUUAAUGCUCCAUAAGGAACUGUCUCCUGGGAACCUCGUUAGAUCUUUGUCAGCCCCAGUAUCACGAACAUCAUUUGGAAAGCUCCUUCUGAAGGAUCGACAUAUACCAACUGGGGCUCAAAUCAGGAGGAAGCAUGAAGUCGUUGAAAACGUUUCAAUGAACAUGAGGAAACGGAAGAAGGAAAAGUUCAACAUUAAAGAAAAGUUUUCAGGCUUUAGAUAUAGCUUAACACUUGGGGGGAAGCUGUUUCGUAGGAGAGUUCAGUCAAUAGAGGAAUCGCGUCAAGCUAAACAUGACUGCAUGAGAGAUAUUAGAAGUCAACCAAUAGUAAUGAUGAGAUCGUAUGAAAGAUAUGAAAAUUCCACUGAAGUGCCACCAAGCCCUGCAUCUGUGUGCAGCAGUGUUCAUGACGAAUUCUGGACGCCUGCAGAUUAUUUUAGCCCAACAUGGGCAUCAGAUGCACACCUACUAGAUGACAGUGAGGUUCCUCAUGUUUUUAGAGAAAUAAACUCGAACUUGAAUGAGCUGAGCAGGCAACUAAAUCAACUUGAAGGCAAUGUUCCAGAGGAGACCGUAACUUACGAGCAGCCGAUUGAAGUUGAAACGGAGAUAGAUAACCAUGCUGAAGCCUAUAUGAGGGAUUUACUUGUUGCUGCUGGCUUGUAUGAUGGUUCAUUCAAGAGAUCUUUAUCAAGAUGGGACCCGCUCGGUAAGCCUAUUAGCAACCAGGUCUUUGAAGAAGUAGAAGAAUCUUAUGGACAAAAGAGCAAGGAUAUUGAAGAGGGCAUAGAAGAUGAUAAUGAAAAAUUAAAUCACAAGAUGUUACUUGACUUAUUAAAUGAAGCGCUUCAACCUGUACUAAGACCCCCAAUGAAGAUGUACAGGUAUAUGAAUAAGGCUAUUAGUCCUAUGCGACAAACCCCACAUGGAAGGAAUUUAUUAAAUCGCGUAUGGGAAGUUAUUCGAGUUUAUUUAUAUCCUCCAGUAGAUAAAUCUUUAUAUACUCUUGAUAGCAUGUUGGCCCAGGAUUUGACAUCCAACUCAUGGACUGGUUUGAUGGAGGAUGAUGUUAGUGCAUUGGGUGACGAUAUAGAAUGUCAGAUCAUAGGAGAUUUGAUUGAAGAAAUGGUGAAGGAUAUGACUCAUAACUUGUAG